GUCACAAGUUAUUCCUUCCUUCAUUUUGUUCCAUGCGCGGCAAGAAUCUUCCCCGAACAGCUUUUGCUUCUCGUCCCCUAGCCAAACACACACAGCACUCCCCACGCAUGCACGCGCAAAUGGUGAUCCAAUUCCUUCUCUUCCUCGCCUCCUUCGAGAUCGGGAAGCACUUGCUCCACAAAAUCCAGGAGGUGAUCCGAUUCCUUCUCUUGCUCGCCUUUUACACGAUCUCGAAGCGCUUGCUCCACGAUGCCCGGGAGGUGAUCCAAUUCCUGCUCUUCCUCGCCUCUUACGCGAUCGUAAAGCACUUGCUCCGCCAUAUCUGGGCGGUGAAUCAAUUCCUUCUCUACCUCGCCGUUUACUUGGUGGCGAAGCACUUGCUCCGAAAGAUCCGGAUCCCGCCGAGCCUGUUCCCGGCCCUCCCGGUCAUCGGUCACCUCUACCUCCUCCAGAAUCCCCACCACCGCUCCCCAUCCUGGAUCUCCCGGUGGCACGACCCAAUCACCCUCCUCCGGUUCGGGUCCCACCGCGUCCUCAUCGUCUCCUCCCUGGACGCUGCCGAGGAGUGCCUCACCAAGAACGAUGUCGUCUUCGCCAACCAGCCCCACCUCCUCGUCGGGAAGCACCUUGGCUACAACUACACCAGCCUCACCUGGCCCCCCUACGGCAGCCACUGGCGGAAACUCCGCUAGAGAGGAUCUCAACUUGAGAUCCUCUCUACCAACCGCCCUACACUCUCAAGCAUCCGGGCCAACGAGGUGAAGUUGCUGUUCCAUCAGCUCGCGUCCAAGAGCGACGGCCAGAACGUGAACGUGAAGUCCGCUUUCUUUGAGCUAAAGCUGAACGUACCUUGAGUUGAUAUUUCUCUGCGCAGGUACUACGGAGAGAACGUGGGGGAGUCGGAGGAGUAGAUAAACUUCAGGGAGAUCGUGACAGAGUCUCAAGGAUCGGACACUACGAAAAUGUGCGAGUUCUUGCCGUUCCUGAGGUGGAUGAGGCCGAAGCGGAUGGAGGAGAAGCUCAUGGCAUUGCAGAAGAAGAGGGAUGAGUUCAUGCAGAGCUUAUUGAUGAGAGCCGGACCAGUGGGGGCCAUGAGUCACCGGAGGAGGGCGGACGGAGGGAAGAAGAAAACGUUGAUUCAGGUACUCUUGUCUUUGCAAGAGACUGAGCCAGAGUACUACAAAGAUGAAGUUAUCAAGAGCCUUAUGGUAGUUUUGUUAUCAACAGGACCAAAUAUGUCGGCUGCGACCACGGAAUAGGCACUGUCGGCUAUGCUAAACCAUCCGGAGAUUUUGAAGAAGGCUCAAGCCGAAAUAGACGAGGUCGUGGGUCACAACCGCCUCGUCAGCAAAUCGGACUUGCCUAAGCUCCCCUACCUCCAUUCUAUCAUAAAGGAAACAAUGCAGAUGUAUCCCGUGGGUCCGCUCCUUGUGCCUCACGAAUCGGUGGAGGGGUGUCACAUAGGAGGUUACCGCAUCCCGCCAGGCACGAUGCUUCUAAUCAACCUGCUUUCCAUAUAGAACGAUCCCAAGUAGUGGCCUGACGUGACGAAAUUCAAGCCGGAGAGAUUCAAAGGGAAGGAAGGCGCGAGAGACGGAUACAAGAUGCCUUUAGGCUCGGGCAGGAGAGGGUGUCCAGGUGAGAACCCUGCCUUGUGCACGAUCGGGUUGACUCUCGGGUCGUUGAUCUAGUGCUUCGAAUGGAACCGAAUUACCGAGGAAUCGAUCGAUAUGACGGAAGGGACCGGCCUGACCAUGCCCAAAGCUCAGCCGUUGUUGGCUAAAUGUAGGCCUCGCUCCUUUACAUCGGCCCUUCUUUCUCAGGCUUGAAAAGAUCAAUGGGUCGAGGAGUCGAUUGCACCUUGACUCAGUUCUAAAGAAUAAUUUUGGGAUACAGUACUCUGGUGUUGAUUUUUAUUUUUAUUUUUUAUUCAGUAGUAUUUUUCUUUAAGAAAGAAAGUUAUCCAUGUGAAGUGAUUGAAACGAGAGAUUAGCAUCGCUA